GGCUCUUCUUAGUGAUUGGAUGAACAGCAAGUUGCGUCUGGAACUGGAGAUAGAGGAGGAUGUGAUUGUCUCCCCUGAAAAGAACAGUCCAGCAGCCAUGGCACCUGCCCAGCCUGUCUCCCUGGACUACAGUAACUUUGAUGACCUGUAUUCCCACCUGGCUGAGGAGGAGGAGAGCUCAGUGGUCAACAACUUCCUUCAAGACCUCAUGGAGUGGGAAGUGGUGGAUUCUGGGAUAGUGCAGGAUCUGGCACUAGACUCAGAAGAGUGAGACAGGAGGAAGAGAAGGGGGAUGGGCCUCACCUUGGAGGCGCGUCAACGACAGACGCUGCCAGGUGGCGAUGGAGAGUGACCGGAGGCGUAUGCUAAGGCGAUGCCUGAGUGAUUGGCGGUUGUGGUGUCGGGCGGAGAGAGGACGCCAGGAGCUGUUUGCACAGCAGGAAGAAACACGGUACAAGAUUGCCUCACUGAUCAAUGCUGUGGCAACUGGGAAACUUAAGGCUCCUGAGACACCUGCUCCUGAGCAAAUUACAGCCCUUCCUGAGACUUUUGACCAAUCACAGACCACAGAACUGAAAGGUCAGGUGGGGUCACGACCUGCUGGCUCCGCCCCCUCUCCUUCCUGUCAAGGUAACGGACAGCUGGGGGCUGUGGUCCAGCCCACCCUUCCCUGGCAGGUGACACGGCGUCACGCAGCUCUGAGUGGAGAUGAGCUGAGGCGAGCACGGCAGAGGGGUGAGGUGGGUGAGGAAGGUGGGGACGGCGGUGUAGGUGCUGUCCCCCGUUCUCGUAGUACAGAGUUGCGUGGAGGACGGUUUGAGCGUCGCCACGCCAGCCAGCAACAGACCAUCACAGUGCAGAGGAGGCUCCUCUGGGAACAGCAGGAGCAGAUCGCACGCCUGCAGGAGAUGGGAUUGAAGCAGGAGGCACAGAUUGCUCAGUUUGCUGUCCCAGCAGCCCAAGGGCCCAGAGGGAUGACCUCUGACCACAAAGAACCCAGGGCUGGGAGUGUCUCUCAAGGGAACGUUAGCCGCUCCUCAGCCUCCAGGAAACUAGCCGUCCGUCUGCCAUGUUGUCAUCCCACUGUCAUGGCCAUGGAGGAACGUGCUCGUCAGCGAGCGGAGCGCAGGAGGGAGGUGGAGGAGUUGAAGACAAAGAAGGAAGAGGAGAGAAUAGUGAGGAAUGGAGUGUUUAGGCCAGUGGGGGAUGUGGAAUAG